AACUAUGUGAGGCUGGCGGCCGGCGGGGAGGCGGCGGGUGUGGACUGGCCGGAGAAGAGCCCCGUUCCCGGAGCAGUCCGACGAGGCGGCUUAGGGGGCAGACAGACAGACUGCAGGGAGGGCCAGCAUGCCCCCACUGCUGCACCCCGCCCUGCCGCUGCUCCUGGGCGCCACGCUGACCUUCCGGGCGCUCCGGCGCGCGCUCAGCCGCCUGCCCCUGCCCGCGCACGUGCGCGCCGACCCCCUGCGCACCUGGCGCUGGCACAACCUGCUCGUCUCCUUCGCGCACUCCAUUGUGUCCGGGGUCUGGGCGCUGAUGUGUCUGUGGCAGACCCCCGAGAUGCUGGUGGAGAUUGAGACGGCAUGGUCGCUUUCUGGCUAUUUGCUCGCUUGCUUCUCCGCAGGGUAUUUCAUUCACGACACGGUGGACAUCGUGGUUAGUCGUCAGACACGAGCUUCUUGGGAAUACCUCGUUCAUCACCUCAUGGCUCUGGGUGCCUUCUUUUCAGGCAUCUUUUUGAACAGUUUUGUCGGCGGGGGAGUCCUAACGUUGCUGGUAGAGGUCAGCAACAUCUUCCUCACCAUCCGCAUGAUGAUGAAGAUAAACAAUGCCCAGCAUCUCCUCCUGUACCGGGUCAACAAGUAUGUCAACUUGGUCAUGUACUUUGUCUUCCGCCUGGCCCCUCAGGCCUACCUCACCCACUUCUUCCUGCGUUAUUUGGGCCAGAGGACCCUGGGCACCUUUCUGCUGGGUAACCUGCUCAUGCUGGACAUCAUGAUCCUCAUCUACUUUUCUCGCCUUCUCCGCUCAGACUUCUGCCCUGAGCGUGUCCCCAGCCAGCAACACAAAGACAAGUUUUUGACAGAGUGACAGGCCCAGAGCUUGCAACUUGUGGCCAGAAGAGCAAACAUAGCCAAGAACAGCCUCACACAUACGAGAAUUAGCCUCAGGCCUGGGGCAUCCUCUGCACCUACUAUUGAAAAUGCUAAUGAAAGCA